CCGGGGCCUAGGCCCGGCCUUGGGUGGACGCGGAGGCGGAGGCGCGGGAGUUGUGGAGGGGGCAGGCUCUGCAGGGAAGUGCGUCAGAAGAGGCGCGAGCAGAGUAGGGUGCUGUGGUCUGAGCUUGAGGGCGAAGCCGGCGGAUAAGGAGGAUGGGCGAGCAGUCUGAAUGCCAGAAUGGAUAACCGUUUUGCUACAGCAUUUGUAAUUGCUUGUGUGCUGAGCCUCAUUUCCACCAUCUACAUGGCAGCCUCAAUUGGUACAGACUUCUGGUAUGAAUAUCGAAGUCCAGUUCAAGAAAAUUCCAGUGAUUUGAACAAAAGCAUCUGGAGCGACUUUGCUAGUGAUGAGGCAGAUGAAAAGACUUAUAAUGAUGCCCUUUUCAGAUAUAAUGGCACAGUGGGAUUGUGGAGACGGUGUAUCACUAUACCCCAAAACACAUAUUGGUAUAGCCCACCAGAAAGGACAGAAUCAUUUGAUUUGGUCACAAAAUGCAUGAGUUUCACGCUAAAUGACCAGUUCAUGGAGAAAUUUGUUGAUCCUGGAAACCACAAUAGUGGGAUUGAUCUGCUUCGGACAUAUCUUUGGCGUUGCCAGUUCCUUUUACCUUUUGUUAGUGUUGGUUUGAUGUGCUUUGGGGCUUUGAUUGGACUUUGUGCUUGUAUCUGCCGAAGCUUGUAUCCCACGAUUGCCACAGGCAUUCUUCAUCUCCUUGCAGGUCUGUGUACACUGGGCUCAGUGAGUUGUUAUGUUGCUGGAAUUGAACUGCUCCAUCAGAGACUAGAGCUGCCUGAGAAUGUGUCUGGUGAAUUUGGAUGGUCCUUCUGCUUGGCUUGUGUCUCGGCUCCCUUACAGUUCAUGGCUUCUGCUCUCUUCAUCUGGGCUGCUCAUACCAACCGCAAAGAAUACACCUUAAUGAAGGCAUAUCGUGUGGCAUGAGUUGGGAGGCUUCCUGCUUUACAAUUGCCAUUUUUAUUAUUUUUUAACAUUAAUAUUUUCCCUUGUGUACUCACCAGUUGUUUAACUUUUUUUGUGUGAAUAUGCCAUUUUAUCCUGAAAAUCCAUUUUAGUUUUUCACACAGCUGUUUCUUAAUACCACUAAAAUUUACAUGGAUUAUUCUCAGUAAUUCCAUGUUUCAGACAAACUAAUCUAGGUUCAGAGUCCAGACAGAAAUUUGUAGACAUUUGGCACAAAUUUGUGAAAGAAAAUUGUUAGGGGGAAAUUGACCCCAAACAAAUUCUGCUGUCUGUUAGACAUUUCAAUAGAGUAACUUUGUUGUUCAACUGGAAACUUUAGUUUCAUUGUCAAAAGUUACGUGCACUUUGCUGUUGUAGAUAGCCAGUCAGCCAUAGGUAGGUAUUAGUGCUAUUUUCAAAGGUUUAAGCUUUAUGAAAUAGGGAAAUUACCUAAGAUCUUUUUCCCGAAAUGUUGGCAUAUAGCAUUAUCUGAGGUGAAAUAUGGCAGCUGUUUUAUCUGCAUGUGUCUGACUACAAGAAAGGAAGUGAAAAAUACAGCACUUACUUGAAAUUUUAACUUUGAACUGCAAAAAGUCCAGUUCAGCAAGACAAGACGAUUAACCGUAUUUUACUUCUUUUUUUUUAACCUCCUGUGACUAGGAUUUUCAAUACCACCAAACCAUUUCGGAUUUUUGUUCCUUCCGUCUUCUUACAUCAAGUUUAUUAAAAGAGUGCUUUGCUUUCUUUUUUUAACACUACAUCGGGGUCACAGAGUAAAAUUCUCCAACUGUUUAUUCCAGCUAAGUACCAUAAAGAAGGUUCCACCAAAAUGACCCUCCAGAGCUAGGAAAACUGCCACAAGACCUAAAACUUUGGCUGGUCAUUAACUUCCAACUAUGGUCUUUAUUUCUUGUGGUGAAAUGAUGUGCCUUUCCUUGCCUAAACCCUUUCCUGGUGUGUAUCAACAUCAUUUAACAUCUUUCAAUUCACUCAUUUUUUAAAUAAAUAUGUCUAUAAACAUUGAACUUAAAAAAAUCUUAUUUAUUUAUUCCAUUACUGUAGCACUUAGAUUUUUAAAAAAUGUAACAGUAAUUUCUUACAAUAUCAUAAAUCUUUUUUAAAAAAAUAAAAAUGAGAAGAGACUCAGAAUUGUGUAUAGUGUCUGAGUUGAUGUGAAUUUCCAUACCUUAGGAUGAAAUACAGGAUUCUGAAUGAGCAUCUCUGUGUUCUCUGGAAAAUACAUUGUUGCCUGGGUUUAUUUUAUCUUACAAAAAAUGUGGGAGCCCCAUGCAAAUAAGAGACUCUUACCUCAUGUUUCCAAGUUUCAAAACGUUUUCAAAGUACUGUUGUGAUCCCUAUGUAUCACACAAUAUGACUAGUUUUUUCGUAAAGUAAUGACUGUGGAUAUUUGUGUUCUAUAUUAAAGGAAAAGACAAGUUAGCUUGUGACUGGAAGCCAGUUUUACCCUGCAGUCAAUUAUUGCCUAUGAAAUGGCUGGUCACUCCAUUUUCUACUGUUUCCUAACUGUUGAAGGGUCACUGCCUUUCAGCACUUUCUGUGGAAGGUAGGAAAACUAAGUGAAUGAACACAAAACACUGUCAGGAAUGGGAUUUAACAGUUAUUGACCAACAUGACAUUUUUGUUUUGAAAAGUUGUGUAUUUUAAACAGUGUCCCUGCCUCUUAUCACCCCAAAGUUAUCUGUGACUGUUUGUCUAAGAUCAGUUUUUAAUGUGUACUGUGGAAACUCAGAAUUGGACUUUUUUUGAGUUAGAGCCUCCCCAGUAGCAUCCUUAGAUGUGGAAAGCUAGCGUCCUAAGCCCCAGUGCUGAAUUUGUGUUCUAGUUGGUACUUUAGGCUGAGAUUAUCCUUUCCUGCAGACUUUUUUCUUGGAAAUACAUACAGCCACAUUGUUUCAUUUGAUGUGAAAAUUACAGUGUUCCAGCUGCCUCAUGAUUCCAAUCAGAACCAUAUGAAUACUAUUUGACCAUUUUGAUUAAUACAUAAAUCAGUGGCAAGUAAAGUCCUGUUAAUCUCUUUCCACCUAAUCUUUGAAAGGAACACCCAAAGUAUAUUAAUUUUCAGAUUUUUCAGAAUGAGUUUCAUGGCAACUUACAAAGCAUGUUUUAGUGUGAGUUAAAUUCUGUGAGUAAAUAUCUUCUAUAUCCUUUUUAGCAAAAGACUUAAGAAUUUCUUAGGAAUAGCCAUAAAACAGUAAAAGUUUAUUUUAAAAAGGCACAAUCAUUCUAGAAUUUAUUCCAUUAACACUGCAUACCUACUGUCACGAUAAGCCAGGGUCUCAAGAAUUUAAUCUGUGUUUACCUGCUGUGUGUGUGUGUGUUGGGGGAGGAUAGAGUAGGUAAGUCACAGAUGAACUGAUUUAGUCACACCAAUGAGAAUGACCAUAUGACUGAAUAAUUUAGAGUUUGUUUUUCCAUUCCAGAGAAGUCACCAAAUUGCAGAUCAGCACUGCUGAAACUCAUUAUAUAGAUCCAGUUAUCUUCAAUUAACUGUAAAAUAUAUGUGAGGGCAUUUUAAAAUUUAACCCUCAUGUAAGCUUCCACUAGAAAUGAAAACAAUCGUUCUACCUUUACAGACUUUUAACCUGAUUUUGCCAGUUGCCACACUUCCCAAAGUUUCCUAGCAGCUAAAGGAACAGGUAAUGGGUGCAGUUCUGAAGAUGCCAAUUAUUUUACAAAGUUGGUGCAGCUCUGUGCCGGCACAGAUGGGUGGAGUUUUUUGUCCUCCUUUCAGUGUUUUAUUCAUAAGGGAAUGAUGAUUCACACCUUGAAAAGAAUAAAAUGAACACAUCUGUGUAUAGGAAUUCUUUUUCUGUUGCUCAUCAGAUGUUCCAACACACUUGUAAUGAUACAUUUUUCCUUUAGAUCAAAUUAUGGGCCAGUGUCCUGCAAAUUCACUGUGUGAAAAUUCUAAAUUGCAAAAAGAAUAAAUUAGAAUGAUUAUUUGCUCCAAGGAAGUUACCAAAAGAGUAAUUUAAAUCUCCUUCACUGCUAAAAUUUCUACCAGCAAAUUAGUACAUUAUUUGAUAUUAACAUUUAUACACUUUCAGCAAAUUUAUAUAAAGCAAGAUCCAAUUUACAUUACUUUCUACCUUUGCAGACUUAAAAAUAUGAAAUCAGGAAAGAUAAUUCUCUUCUUGUUUUGUCUUUACCUUUUAAAAUAUUUGAGUUAUUGGGUGAUGCAUCACCUUUCAUCUAACUCAGUGUCUUGGAUGUGAACUUCACCUCACCUUUCCUGCAAUAUUUCUGCUCCUCCCAGUCUUCUAGGCUACUGUUCUUAUUUUUCUCUGUUCAGUUUGUACUGUCAUUGGUAUGUUCACAAGCAAUUUUGACUCUCUUUUCCUAUAAACUCCUAUGGCACCUUUCUUCACCAGCCUUAGCCUUAUUUUCAUAGACUGCUAUCCAAUGUUCUUAUUCUCAUUCUCAAGAUACCAAGGCUGUUCAAAACUAUUAAGGGACUCUGUUUUAAAAAUUAUACUGUUUGACUUUAACUGCUUGUCAAUUUUAGCAAUCUCUUACUGUUGAUUUAUUACUCCCUGCCACACAUUUUCCAAAUCUCUACAAAAGGUAGUUGUUGGAAAUCCUUAUUCUUCCUCCUUGACUUCCUGGAAGGAGCUCAUGUUCUCUAUAAAGAGGCGAUAUUGGAAUGAACCCCCAGUUUCUCCAUUCUUAUUUGCUCUUCCCUACAGAAAAUGAAUGUAUUACCUGAUGGGAGAAAUUUCUGUGAUCAUGGAUCCAGCAAAAGCAGCAAAGUUAUGCAUAGUGGUUAAGUAUCCAGCUUAGGAGAAAAAAUACUAAAUUUGUAAUCCCAGGUUUGUCACUUAGCCUUUCUAAGCCCCAUUUUUCCCAUCAGUGAAAUUAUCCUACCUGCCUCAGAGAGUUUGCAAUGUCGAUUAUAAAUUGUUCAGUAUAAAGUAGCUCCUCAAAAAAUGUUAGUUAUGACUGGCUUGAUUAAGAGGAGAUGGGUUUAUUUGCCUUGUUUUUCAGAUUCCACAUAUAAAUAAAAGCAUACGGUAUCCCCCUUUCUCUGACUUAUAAAAAAAACAAAAUAGAAAUAGAUUUAUACACACAGAGAAUGGCCAGUUGGUUACCCAUGGGAUUGGAUGCAUGAAACAAGUGAACGUAGAGAAGUACAGGCUUCAAAUUAUAAUUUGGUCACAGGGAUGGAAGUAUAGCAUAGGGGAAUGUAGGUCAUAAUAUGGAAAUAUCUUUGUGUGGUGACAGAUGGUAACUAUCAUGGUGACCAUUUAAUAGUAUAUGUAAUUGAUGAAUCACAAAGUUGUUCAUCUGAAACCAAUAUAAUAUUGUAUAUAAACUACAUUCCAAUAGAUGAAUAAAGAAAUAGGGGAUGGGGUUACAGAACCUAGAAAUCAGUGACUCUCAGCCUAGGCUGCAUGUUGGAAUUGCCUGGACAACUUUAAAAGAUACUUGUGUCCUAGAGAUUCUGAUAUAGAGUUGUUCUGGACUGUGGCCAGGUCACUAUGAUUUUUAAACCUUUCCAAGUGAUUUCAGUGGGUAGUUAUGUUUGAAAACUAUUUUUGAAAGCCAUGCUUAAAAGGAAGAAAUAGAAUUCUCUCUCUUAGGCAUAUUGUUAGAAAGAGGGCUUUUGAGUAAACAGACCUGGUACACUGCCUUCUUUCUAGAAGCCAUUUCUUCAUGUGCUCUGCUCUGCUGCUGACUACUGGGUCUUUGAGAUGGGUCUCAAUCCAUCAUCCCAGUGCUGACUGAAGAAGCCAGCUGCCAUGCUGUGGGUCCCAGGACACAUGAAGAGGUCCUGUGUAGGUGCUACAGUUGAAAUCCCAAGCCAAGCUCCCAGCUGACAGCUAAGAUCAUCUUCCAGCCAUGUGCAUCAACAAUGUUGGAUGUCUAGUCCUGCUGAGCCUUCAGAUGACUCCAGCCCAGCCUCUCUGUGAUUAUAACCCUGUGACACUACAAUUAAAAACCACCUAACUGAGCCCAGUCACCAUACAGAACUGUAAGAGACAAUAAUAAAUUGUUGUUUUAUGUGC